AUGAAAUCUUUCUUCUAUAAUGGCAUCUGCCAGCGCGAUUAUAGCUUCCCUACCACUUCCGCCUCUUCCACAGCUGCCCUCUUUGCCUUUUCCCAAGGCGAGAACCCCACAGACCUGCUCACAAGCUCCGCUUGGUGUAUGUCGGGAGACGGCUCACAAUAUCUGACUGAGAUCCACGAUGGAUCAGUAAGCCACACAGAUAUUGAGGAAUCCAUGUUUACUUCCGGGCAAACCACACCUAAAGGAACCAGGAUCGCGCACACCCACCAACCGGUGGAGACAACAUGGAACACUGCCAGACCAAUUCCCACCACCAAGAGCCAGGCCAUGUCUCGGAUGAGCUCAAGCACAUCAGGUUGCUCGUCUGCCUCGAAUGGAUCACAUAUGGUUCAGACCAACCCCGUUGUGGACGCAGUUCAAGCCUUCCACGAUGACACAGUUCAAGUUAUGGGUGCCAUGCACAACUUGAACGGUUGCCAACUGUCAGACACUGUAGGCUCUCCCAUCUGCUGGUCUGGAUAUGGACUCGAUAUUGGGUUGAGCGGUGAUUGCACUCUGUCUGUUGAAGACCUCAACUCGAUGAACGUUGCACCCUCCCAGGUUAACAUUGGAAUGAACGGACUGCCGGCAGCUUCCCCUACUAGCUCUUGGGAUGUUUCGAGCUCCAUUUCCCGCACUUCAUCACCAAACACUAUCGACGAGUCGUGGCGGACAGCCGCACUGGCGAACUCGCCUUUCAUGUGUGAGCCAACGAGUCUUGACAGCCCCGACAACAAGCCUCUCCACCUCAUUUCCGAUGUACAAGACACCAUGGCGCCCUUUGGGAGUGACAUGAACAUCAGUGCCAACUACCAGCAGCGCAGCAGUGUUGAGUCGGAUUCCCCUCGUGAAGAUCAUCGCUACAAGAACGCCAUGCGAGGCGCGGACGGCUUAUUUCACUGCCCGUGGGAGGGCCAGACUGGCUGCAACCACAAACCAGAGAAGCUCAAAUGCAACUACGACAAAUAUGUCGACUCACACCUGAAACCAUACAAGUGCAAGGUCGCCAGCUGUGAGGAUGCUCGCUUUUCCUCCACUGCAUGCCGCCUCCGCCACGAACGGGAGGCACAUGGCCUACAUGGCCACGGAAACAAGCCGUUCCUUUGCACCCAUGAAGGCUGUGAGCGCGCUCAAGAAGGCAAUGGUUUCCCACGACAGUGGAAUCUCCGCGACCACAUGAAGCGAGUUCACAACGACGUCGGCGACGUUCCCGCACCUGUCCCUGUCCCCUCUACAAAUGCUGCCAAGGGCCGCAAGCGCAAGAACGAGACACAAGAGACUGCGGCUGUUGAGCGCAAGGCGCCGACUAAGCCGACCCAGCAGCAAAGCGCUCGCAAGAGCUCGACAAAGCCGCUUCUGGAUGAGUGGCAAGAGCACUAUCAGGCCCUGCAAGGCAUUCUGCAGAGCAUGGUCGCCCCCGCUGAUCAGAGAAACAUCAUGCAGCUUGGCGAGAUGCAGAAGCGUUCUGCCGAGAUGGCCAACAUUACCUCACAGCUUGUGUCUGUGACCAAGCAGCCGCGGGAUGGUGAUUCAAAGAAGCUCUACAACUCUGGUGACUGA